AUGACAGCCGAAACCUCACUCCAGAACAGCCGACCGGCAUCCCAGCUCAUUGCUGGAUUCGGCUCACCCUCGACACCUUCUGGUGCACGAAGUACCAUGCGCCGAUCGACUGCUAUGCGACAAUCUGGCCGUUUCACCCAAUCUCAAGCCCAGUCCCAUCAACCCAUUCAUGACGUGGAAAAGGAUGAGCUACGCGUUCAAUUGAGUACUCUCAAAUACGAGCUCGAGAAUAUCAAGCAAGAACGAGAGUUGGAGGGUCUCCGCCAUGAAAAAGAGACCCGCGACUUGCAGUUAAAAGCGGAUGCAGAUUUUCGGAAAGCUCAGGCUGCCGAAUCUUCGAGUAAUCGGGCUACCCAUAAGAGCGACGAACUCACAAAAGAAUUGAAAGAAAUUCAAGAUCAGGCUUUGAAUGAUAAACUUGCGUCUGAGCGCAAGAUUAGAGGCCUUCAGGACGAGAAUCAGAACUUGCAGGAAGAGUUUGACGACACUCAAGCUCGACUUUCCGACCAGGAACGACAGUUUAAAUACCAGAUCAACGAAUUAGAGACUGUCCGCGCUUCCCUACAAAAGACGAUUGAAGAAUUCCAGAACGAUAUCCAAAAUGCCAGGAUAUCGCAGGAAUCAACACAAGAGAAAUUAUCUCAGCGUGAAGCCGAGGUUGCCGAGCUCGAAGCAGAGAAUAUUCGAUUGAAGGCCGAAGGAAAUGAUGCUGAGACUUUGACAGUAUUAAAGAGAGAACUUUCCGAGCAGGUCAAUCAUAUUCGGGAAUUAGAGUCGGCAAACCGUGAUCAAACAACGGAACUGCGUCACCUUCGAAAAGUCUCGAAGAACUUGAUGAAGGGCUUUGAAGCAGAACUCAACACAGUUCAGAUUCAAAAGCAGAUGUUGGAAGAUGAGCGGCAAUCUUGGGUCAGUCUUCUACAGGAAAACGACCAGCCGGCAGAGUUUGACUCACCAGAUGCUGUCGUGAGGGCGGUAGUUCAAGGACGAAUUGAGAUCGCUUCGCUCCUCGAUCGCCUAGGAACUGUUGAUGCUCAAUUCCUUGAGAAGGACGAGGCUAUCAAGAGCCUCGAAAGUGAUAAAAAUAAUCUUCAACAGGAGUUGGAGAAACUCCGCGUUGCAAGUACCGGUUCUGUAGGAGGACUAGGUGCCGCGGAGGGCCGGCUUCGAGCUCGACUGGAGCGCCAGCGUGCGCUUGCAGUCAAAGAAGUUGAAUACCUGCGUGCCCAACUGAAGACAUUUGAUGCGGAAGAAGCUACCAUGGGCGAAGACCAGUCACAGUUUGAUGGACAAAAGUCUGAGCAGAUAAUUCAGCUUCAACAACUGGUCGAUGAAUACCGCAGUGAGCUCCACAAAGUUCACGAAGAGCUCUCCAAGCAGGAAGCUCCGAAAGAAGAAGAGCCAAGAGGAGUGAAGCGACCUCUUUCUCCCACCAAUAAUGAAGCCGAAACCGAGCGUAUUGCUGUGCUCAGCCGCAAGAACCGAAAGCUCCAGGAGCAUCUCACCAAAUCAGACCAGGCAACGACUCUCGCUCGCCGUGAAUUGGAGGCGGCCAAGUCACAGAUUAAAUCUUUGAAGGCCAAGUCACGAACACGCGUUCUUGAACUACGGGAUAAUCCGACAGCCCAAACCGAGCAAAUUAAGAUGACCACUCUUGCAACUCUCCAGUCUGCAAACAGAGACCUCAUGGCGCAGCUGCGUGGGGGCCGGACCGAUGUCAAAGUCGUCCCUGUUAGCACUCUGGAGAGCAUAAAACUCGAAAUGCAAGACAUGGAGCGCACCGUUGCCGAUAAAGAAAAGCGCAUGCGCCGACUGAAGGAGAUCUGGACAGCCAAGUCCUCCGAGUUCCGAGAAGCCGUCGCCUCUCUCCUCGGCUUCAAGCUUGAUUUCUUGCCGAAUGGUAGAGUGCGUGUCACUUCCAUGUUCCACCUAUCUUCCGCAUACCGGCACGGCGACUGCGAUGCACCUUCAGACUCUGGUCCCGGUAGCAUGGGCAAUGGCGAAGAAAACUCUAUCGUUUUCGAUGGUGAAAACGGCACCAUGAAGAUAUCGGGCGGACCAAACAGUCUGUUCGCCAUGGAACUUAAACCUCUGAUCAAAUUUUGGGUUGAAGAAAGAAAGGAUAUUCCAUGUUUUCUAGCAGCCAUGACCUUGGACUUCUACGAUAAGACCACGCGCGCUGCUAGGAUGUGA